GUCACCUCUAGUUUCCAUUGUCCACAUAACAUGCUGCUAAGAGGAGACCUGCCUCGUUCCUUGUAGUAAACACGAACUACAGAUGGACCGCAGUUUGAAGCGCCGGCAGGUCAAGCCACUUGCUGCCUCUCUCUUAGAUGCCUUGGAUUAUGACAGCUCAGAUGACAGUGACUUUGAAGUGGGAGAUGCCUCAGGAUCAGAUGGCACAGGCAAUGGCAGUGACGAGGAAGGAUCUAAAGCGAGUGCUGCAGGUUCGGAAAGUGACUCGGACAAUGCUGCCUCUGCAGACGAUGGUAUAGAUGAAGAGGAGGCCAAAGACCUGGCUGCUGAGGACAACUUAACGGAAGAUGAAGAGAAGACCAAACAGCAGCCUUCUUCAGACAGCUCCACCAAAGACACCCCCGCCGUCACCCCACCCAAAAGCAGACGCAAGAGCAAGAAGACAUCUGAGCCUGAACCUGCUGCAGCUGCUGGCACUGAGUCUACCUCAUUGUCAGGGUCAGGGUCAGGGUCCGGCAGCGUGAACACAGAGGAGUCUCAGGCUGAGCCCAAGAAAUGGAAUUUCCGCAGGAACCGGCCGCUUCUGGACUUCACCACCAUGGAGGAGCUGAACGAGAUGGACGACUACGACAGUGAGGAUGAUAACGACUGGAGACCUACAGCGGGGAAGAAGAAAGGCAAAGCAGCCACUCAAAAAGGAGGGACUGAGGAAGAGGACGGCGGCAGUGCCAGUGACGAUGACGAUGAUAACGACGACGACGACGAUGAUGAUGAUGAUGAUGACGAUGAUGAGGAUGAUGAAGAUAAUAACAAGGAAAAUAGCGAUGACAACAACAACAGUAGCAGUGAUAGUGACAAAGAGGUGAAGAAGCCCAAGAAGAAAGCUAAGAGCGCUGGUGCUUUUGAUGAAGAGCUGACUAAUGACAGCAUGUCCCAGGGAAAGGGCAACGAGGAUGCCUUGCUGGACAGGUCCCAGACUUGGAGCACUCAGCACAUCCUCAUCUGCUGCGUCUGUCUGGGCGACAACAGCGAGGAUGCAGAUGAGAUUAUCCAGUGUGACAACUGUGGGGUGACCGUGCAUGAAGGAUGUUACGGUGUGGACGGUGAGAGUGACUCGAUCAUGAGCUCUGCCUCAGAGAAUUCAACAGAGCCUUGGUUCUGUGACGCCUGUAAGAAUGGAGUGACUCCCAGCUGUGAGCUGUGCCCCAACCAGGAUGGCAUCUUCAAAGAGACGGACGCUGGGAGAUGGGUGCAUGUGGUUUGUGCACUUUACGUUCCUGGAGUAGCAUUUGGAGACAUCGAUAAACUACGACCAGUGACGCUCACAGAGAUGAACUAUUCAAAAUACGGGGCCAAGGAGUGCAGCUUCUGUGAGGAUGCUCGCUUUGCCAGGACUGGUGUGUGCAUCAGCUGUGAUGCAGGAAUGUGUCGCUCCUAUUUCCAUGUCACCUGUGCACAGAGGGAGGGACUCCUAUCUGAGGCUGCAGCAGAGGAGGAUAUUGCUGAUCCAUUUUUUGCAUAUUGCAAACAGCAUGCAGACCGCUUUGACAGGAAGUGGAAAAGAAAGAAUUAUCUUGCCUUACAGUCUUACUGUAAGGUCUCUCUGCAGGAGAGAGAGAAACAGCUUACUCCUGAAGCUCAGGCCCGAAUCACUACCCGCCUGCAGCAGUACAGGGCAAAAGCAGAGCUGUCGAGGAACACUCGGCCUCAGGCAUGGGUGCCCCGGGAGAAGCUGCCUCGACCUCUGACCUCUAGUGCCUCAGCCAUCAGGAAGCUAAUGAGGAAGGCAGAGCUGAUGGGCAUUAGCACUGACAUUUUCCCUGUGGACACAUCUGAUGCCAACGCCAGUAUGGAUGGUCGCAGGAAACACAAGCAGCCUGCCCUCACAGCAGACUUUGUCAACUACUACCUGGAGCGGAACAUGCGAAUGAUCCAGAUCCAGGACAACAUCUCGGAGCAGAAGAACUUAAAAGACAAGCUGGAAAGUGAGCAAGAAAAACUGCACGUGGAGUACAACAAGCUCUGUGAAUCUUUGGAGGAGCUGCUGAAUGUGAAUGGGAAACUGCGUAGUGAAGGCCAGGCCAUGUGGACUCUGCUGGGGGGCAUCCUGGGCCAGAAACUGAACACCCCUGCUGUUCUGAAAGCCCCAAAAGAGAGGAAGCCCAGCAAGAAGGAGGGAGGAACCCCAGGGAAGUCGUCCAGCCUGCCAGCAAUCCUCUACAGCUGUGGCAUCUGUAAGAAGAACCAGGACCAACAUCUGCUGGUGCUGUGUGACACUUGCAAGCUCUACUACCAUCUGGGCUGCUUGGAGCCGCCACUAACACGCAUGCCCAAAAAGACCAAGAACAGCUACUGGCAAUGCUCCGAGUGUGACCAGGCCAGCAGCGAUGAGGCUGAUAUUGCCAUGGAGACGCUACCAGACGGUACCAAGAGGUCCAGAAGGCAGAUCAAGGGACCAAUCAAAUUCAUCCCACAGGAGAUGUCACCAGAGCCCAAGAAACAUCAAGUGAGAGGCACGAGAACCAGAGGGCAGAAGAGGAAGAGAGUUCCCAUCUGUGAAGACAGAGAAGAUAAAAUCGAGGAACCACUGCCACGGGAACGCCGUCAACGCCAGUCUGCAAUGCAGAAAAAACCCAAAGCUGACGACACAAGGACUGAGUGUACUACCUGCAAAGGACCGGGUGACAACGAAAACCUAGUGAGGUUGUGAGAGCCGGGGCAGCCACCUCACCUCCCUUAAAACUGGGGACAGAUGACCGUUGGCUUAGAGACAGAGAGUGGCAAAUUGAGGCGUUUGAAGAAUGGCGCUCGAGUCAGGCUGAAGAAAGAGACCGUCACGCUGCCCCGCAACCACCUCUGAUCCAAACUGGACCAACAACUGUCCAACGAAAAUUGAGCAGAACUGUCUAAAUCUAAAACUUGGAGCAUAAAUACUGAAGUGUUGUUGGAGACAAAUUUUUUUUUGGUUGAUGUUGGACUUUUUUACACUCUACGAGUAACUUGGUUGAUUGUGGCUCCACUUGCAUCAACACAAUUGUGUGCAUCUGCAGUUUUGACCAAGUAAGAACAAGUUAAUUAUUCAUACAGUUCAUUAAUUAAACCAUUUUGGCCAACAACCUCUAUUGUGCUAAUGCUAGGUAGCAUUAAACACAAAUAAGUAGAGAAUGACUAAAGAGCUAACCAUAGAGCCAGUUGAUGGAUAUAACUGUUCCAGAUUUUCCAGACAUUGUUUCCUGGUGUUUUGAGAAGAUUCCAUGAAAUCGUGUCAAUACUUUAUUAAUGUUGUGUAUUUCCUUUCGAAAUAUGAUGUUAGACAGGGAGGGAUCUAUCAGCUAUGAAGUGGAAAUCAGUUCGAUAUGACGGGACAGUCAGUUUUUGCUAACAGUAUACCCACUAUUGAAACAUGAAGACCACUGAAGAUGCACUGUUUUCCAUCCAGAAUCAGGUUUCUGGAUAGCUCAAGCGCCCAUCGGAUCUCAAAUCUCACUGUUGAGUCGGUGCAAAGCCUACAAGCUUCUUGACUGCUCACAUGGCAGCUGAGCUUCCCUCUGUAGGAAAUAAGUAGAAGACUCUUAGCUAGUUGAUUGUGUUGCUCGCAGUGUUGAAGCACAGCAAAAAGCUCAAAGUGCUAUUAAAGGCAGAAAACAGCUGCGCUCUGUUGAUUUCUGCAUCUUCUGACUUAAGAUGAAUAAUUCCUCUCUAUGCCUCUAGGGGCUCACCUGCAUCCAACAUUUUUUCUAAUAAACAAUUUUUUUUCAUUGGUACCAGGCUGGUGCUCUGCACUUUUGACCUCCACAUACAACUUCUCAUCAGUACCAGUCAGUAUUAUCGGAGUCGUCUGCCACCCAGUCACCUUGAGCAUUUCACUGUGAAUUUGGUUCAUUGCAGAUGCACUUGGAUUUAGGCUGUCCCAGACUUGAGUGUUGUGUUGUGUUUUCUAAGUAAAUUGAGGACCAGAAUCAAGAAAAGUUAGUGUUAUGUAUAGAAAAGCCAACUGUUUCUUGUAUAUCAAGUGUAGCAGUAAAGUAAUGCUACCAUAAAGUCUCUGUAGUAGAAACAAGCUAGUGUAGUUAGCGUUAAUAGUACUUAAAUAUUAGUCCAAUUGUCUCUAGUGUCUUAAGGCAUUUAGAAGUCUUCCUCUGUCUGCAUAUUUUGAAGUGACAGUUAAACUGACAUGUCCACAGAAAGAAGCCCAGCUUUGUCUCCAUGUCCCUAGUGGCCCAUAGUCAGUUCUGUCAAAACAACAGCUGCUUGCUGCCCUGUCAGGGCUCAUGACAAGUGUCACAUUCUGCCCUCAUAUGUCACUCUGUUGCCUAUCGAGGGCCCUAUAUGCAUGCUUUUGGGAGCAGUCAAACCCAUGCAGUUUACUGCUUUUUGUCUCCCUGGAGUGUGUCCAGAAACAACACCACACUGGGUUUGUCUUUGGAGAUAAGAUCUCACUGCAGAAUGACUUGCUGACUCCUGACCAGUUCUUUCCCACUUCUCUUACUCAAACUCUCAAAGACUGUGUGUCAGUUCUACAAUGCAUGGCUAUAUCUAUUUAUUCAGAUCUGUACAGUAAUUUAAAACUGAACACGAUGUCGUCUUGUGGAAUUUGAAUGCCAGGUAGCUAUGUAGUGUGACGAUUUGUACAGUAUUUAUUAAAGAGGCCAAACAUACAUGUCUUUCCUUUUUGUGCCUACAUACUUGAUUAUAAAUCAUAUGCUUGUGUUGUGAACAGAGUUCAACUCUGAUUUGUGUUGUAGUCUUAACGUGACUACCAUAUUUUCUUUUAAUUACGAAACAUUUGUUUACAGACAUGCUAUUAAGGGAAUAUUUCUGAUUUAUUGUGUACUGUAUACUGUAUUACUGUGAUACUGUAUGAAGUAAGAAUGUGAAUGUUGCUGCUGUUGUGUAUGUGAAGUGUCUCAGCCUCUGGCCUACUCUUGAAAAUUAAGCAGAGCUUUAAUAAACUCUUGAC